AUGUAUUUUCGGGAAGAUAGCGUGUAUAUGGCAGAUACGAAAAAGCCAAUAAACGAUCAAGACAUAUCGAUUCUUGUAGCACCAGCAGGCCUCUGCGAAUCCAACAGAGAGGAAAAAAUCCGAUCUGAGAUAGUUGUCGUGGUAAAGUCCUGCGUUCGUUGCCAAGAGGAUCGUCGUUGGGCUCGUGCAACUUACAUGCAACUACAUUUGUGGGGCGAUUUUCGGAUUCGAUUUGUGUUUGUCACUGGAAUUCCCGCGAGAAACUACACCGGAAAUAUUCAUUUUGAUGGAGUAUCAGUGAACCACCGUAGUCAUGGUAAUGAGAAGCAAGACUAUGAGUACAGCGAAAGAGAACUGUUUUCGGAGGCGAAUAAAUUUGAUGAUAUACUGAUUGGCGAUUUUGAGGAUCACUAUUUUUCACUGACUCUGAAGCAGGCAUUUAUAUUUCGUUGGAUCUCCGCAUUUUGUACCCAUGAAUCCUCAUUAUUCUUGUUUCUGGAUCAUGACUUCGCCGUGAUUCCCGGAAAUCUGAUCAGAUUAGUAAGGGGAUUUCCUGCACAAAUAUUAGCGGAUUUGAGUUUCGGUAUCCGUCUUCAAGGCCAUUUGGUAUUGCGACCAAUCAAAGAAUAUCAUAAUCGGUGGGCCAUAUCGGAAGAUGAGUUUCCAUGGAAAUACUAUCCGCCGUACUUUGGUGGCCAUGCGUACAUCAAAGGAAUCAAUAUUGUGACAGACCUAGCCAUUGCCUCGGCAUUCAUUCGUCCACUGCGUGCUGAAGAUUCUCACAUGGGCAUUAUGCGUUACAAGAUGGGAAUACCGACUUACGCUGUGUGGCAUUUCGCCCAUGGAGUCAGUACGGCUGAAGAACUGCGGAAGGUUACUAGCACGAGAUCUUUAUAUAUAAUGAAAUAUUUUAACUGGACCACCGGUCAGAUAAUUGGAGAUUGA